UUUUCCACGGAACCGAGCCGACCCAGAGAGGGAUAUGGAUAACUGAACUGAAGCCCAGGACUAAGGAAACAUUCGAAAACUCGGUCAAAAUGUUCAAUAGUAUGAAGAACCAGUUCAGGGAGAAGACGGGGAGGGAAUUGCCAAAAUUCACCCCGCAGAAAGGUGGCCUUUCUAGGCAGUCCAGGCAAGGAUCAGAGAGCAGUGUUUGCAGUCUUGUUCUGGACGGUGCUCAACAGCAAGUCCCGCCAGCACCCUCUCCGACUUUGCCACCCCAAGAACCACCACAGAUUAAACUGCUUGAUGGAAAGGUGUUAAGUCCCAAAGAAGUGAAUGUUCUUGCAAAGAAAGAGGACGAGUGGAGAAACAGGCUUGAAAAGACUGUCACAGAGUGGACCAAAAAACUAGAAAAACGGGAAAACGAGCUACAGCAAUCUUUUGUCGUCAAAGAAGAGGAAUGGAGGAAAAAGGAGUGUGCAUUAACUGAGGACCUUCUAAAGCAGACAAAUGAAUUGCAAGAGGCUCUGAAAGUGGCUGAAGAGAUGAAAAGGCUAAAUUUUCUAUAUCAAGAAGAUAAACACACAUUGGAAAGCUUCCAGACUCAAGAAAUGGCCAAAGUGAAACAUUUGCUUUUAGCGAAGGAGAAAGAAUGUAGUGAAACAACUGCAAGUUUAAAGGAAGCAACGACACUACUUGAAUCGUUGAAAGCUGAAGUAAAUAGGCUGAGGCCAUUUGAAGAACAGAUAAGCAACUAUGAGGAUGAUAUUGAAAUGCUGAGACACACAUCGGAAAAGGAAAGGUGGAAUUUGUCGAGCAAACUCGCCCAGAGUGAGGAACAAGUGAGACACCUCACCGACCGAGUGGCAUUGCUGACGAAAAGGAGCGAGUCCGAUACUGCCGGACUUGUCGCAUCACUGCCACCCGAUGAUCGUGUUCAAGCAUUUCUUGGGGAGAGAGCACUAUUGGAAAGGAGACUGGAGGAAGCUCACGUGCACCUGACUGAUAUUAAAGCUUCUUGGAGUGCACAAAUUUCUUCUUUGGAAACUCAGGUGGGGAGGUUGAGUCGGCAGGCCGGUGAGGAAGGAGCAGAAAGGCGUCUUGCAGAAGCCAAGGUUACGGAGCUCGAAACAAAACUCGAGGAAGAAGCCAAGGAGAAGCAGAACCUGAGCAUCAGGGUGAAAUUUCUCACGGAGCAAUGCAAUACACUUGCCAGUGAGCUGAAAGCGGCGAAUGAUCUUGUUGCAGCAAGAGACGAUGAAAUUUCAAAGUUGACCAAGAAGGUGUACGACACUGAAUUAUUUUCACGACAAUAUGAAGAUACAUCGAAGAAACUAGAAAAUGAGCUUAAACCACUCAAAGAGAAAUACGAGACAACCCAGCAAGAACUUAAUUCUGUCAGACAGGAGUUUGCCGAUGAAAAAUCACGCCUGGAUACUGAAUUAGCGGCGGUACAGGAAAAAUUGACAAACCUGCAAGACGAACUGGAAAAGGAAAAGAACGCCAAAAAUGACGCUUUGCUCAAAAAUGCCCAGGUUUCACAGGAGGUUGACAUGGCGAGACAAGAUCUCAGGCAGCAGCAAGCUGAUGUCGAAGAGUAUCUUAGAAAAGUCAACAGUUUAGAAGAAACGCUUAAACAGAAAGAUCAGAUUUUAGCCAAAAAUGUUCAAGAAAUCCAACAGCUUUCAACUGAACUGGGAAAUAUCAGAGAUAACGAGAAAGAAACGGAAUAUGUUGAAAAGGGUCUUAGAGAUAAAAUCACUGAUCUUGAAGAACAAGUGACUGAGAAAAAUAAGGCGAUUAAAGUUUUGAAACAGAAAUUAGCCGAUAUGAAGAAAACUUUGCAAAAGGAGCUGAAAGUUUGUGAAAAUGACGGCACAGAAAUGAUGAACAGUCAUAACCAUUCUACUCCACACAAGUCAAACUUGAAAGAGAAUGGUGACACGGAAGUAAACUUUCUUUAUAUGAAGAAUGUAAUAAUGAAAUUUUUAACAAGCAGAGAAUACGAGGCUCUUCAUUUGACAAAAGCAGUUGCAACCCUUUUGAAAUUGAGUGCUGAAGAAGAGUGUCUUUUGAAGGACACUAUAGGAUGGAGGAUGUCUUGGUUUAGAUCAAAACCUCCUCGACUAGAAGAUUACACGCCAAGCUGAUAUCCCCUUUAAUCUAUUUUGUUAUAUAUCAUUCCAGGAAAACUUUGGCGCCAUUCUGUGAUACCUACAAUAUUUCCUAGGAUUUAUUGGAAUUUGCCAACUUACGUUCCGUCUGAAGUAGCAACCAUAUGGCAACCAAGGUACAAUUACAUGAGGUUUACUUAAUCCUAGUAGCAAGAGGUACAUUUGGCAUUGUGUCCUUCAUGGAAGGUCAAUAUGAAUAGAUAUCAGGGUAUUAUUAUUGGUGAGUGAGCGAAGAAUUCUUACAUCGUGCUUCUGUCCCCUACUGGUUUCUAAUAAUUUUAGAAAUAAUUUUAGAUAAUAUUUUCUUAAAGAAUUCGUAAGAGGUUUAAAAUAUUGUUUUUAAAACAAGUUUUUAAAUAUUUAUUUUGCAUUUAUAAUGACACUUUGCAAUGAUUGAAAAUUGUUUUAUAAUCUUGUCUUUAGUAAUUAAGUUUAUGAUUAAAUUUGUUGUUGUGGAUAGUAAAUAGUAAUAUAAA